UGAGGCUCUUUGAAUUUGAUACUUCGACUUGAAAAGGUGGAUUGGGAAGGAUUUCUCUCCUCUCCUACCUAACUUCAUUUACUUCCUAUUAUUACGAUCUGUUCUCUUGACAAUGGUUCUUGAAUCAAGAUGGACGGUGCCGAUACCGAACUGUUCGGUGCAAAAAUGGGUAUUUAGGUCCUGCUUCGACACGCUCCCGGAUGAGCCACAGUUCAUCGACGUUGACCAUCCGGAAACCCACUUCAUAACUCAAUCUGGCUUUCGACUAUGGUCAAAGCGGCUGGCCUUGGGAUUAAUUCGAGCAGGUCUGAAGCCUGGGGAUCGUGUUCUCCUCUUCUCUGGCAACUCGCUCUUCACCCCCGUCAUUUUCAUGGGGAUUCAAAUGGCGGGGGGUGUCUUCACUGGUGCUAACCCCAGUUUCGUCCCCCGGGAACUUGCUUAUCAGCUGAAGGACAGCGGUGCUUCGUUUCUAAUUGCAGCCGACGCGAGCAUAGAAAUUGCCAUCGAAGCUGCUGAAGUAGCCGGCCUGUCGAGGAGCCAGAUAUAUAGCUUUGACACAAGCGCGCUCGAUAAUCGACUGGGCAAAGCGCGACUUGGAACUCGACAUUGGACCUCUCUCCUUGCCCCAGAAGGUGAUGCAGCUAAAUUUGACUGGAUUGAGCCCGCCAAUUCAAAAACGGCGCUAUGUGCUCUUAAUUACAGCUCGGGGACAACGGGAGUGCCUAAAGGCGUUGAAAUUACGCAUUUUUCCUACGUAGCGAACGGCCUCGGAGUUAACCAGAUGGAGCGAUUAGAUCCCGAGUACGAUGAGAAGAAGAAACGGUACCGCCGUUUAGGGUUUUUACCGAUGUAUCACGCAUACGGCCAGACUUUCUUUAUAUGCAUCUAUCCGAAAGAAGGCGUUCCGGUGUACAUUAUGUCUUCGUUCAACUUCGAAAAGAUGCUGCAGUGCAUCGAGAAGUUCCGUAUCGACUCUCUCACCUCCGUGCCGCCGAUUAUAGUUAUGCUUGCUAAAAGUCCUCUGAGCCGCAAGUACGAUAUUAGCUCGCUUGAGAGCAUAACCUCCGGUGCCGCGCCGUUAGGAGCCGAAGUCGGCGAGGAAGUCUCUAAACUCUGGCCCGAAGGCGCUUUGACUCUUCGCCAGGGAUGGGGCAUGACGGAAUUGACAUGCGCAAGCACGGGCUGGCAUCCUAAAAUGCCUGGUAGAUCAGCGGCCGUUGGCGAGUUGUUGGCGAACUGCAAAGCGCGCAUCAUGAGGAUCGACGGCUCGGGCGAAAUCACCCGAGCUAACGAGAGAGGCGAGAUAUGGAUUACUGGGCCUACGCUGCUAAAGGGCUACUGGAAGAAGCCCGAAGCUACAGCAGACACCCUGCAUGUCGAUCCAGAUGGCACCCGUUGGCUGAAAACCGGCGACGUUGGGUUCGUAGAAAAAUACGAACCGGGUGGAUUACUCCAUAUCGUCGACCGCAUCAAGGAGCUUAUCAAGGUGAAGGGCAAUCAAGUAGCGCCGGCUGAGCUUGAGGCCGUGCUGCUGGAAAAUAAAGGUGUCCGCGACGCCGCUGUCGUGGGCGUUACGAUCAACGGCGAGGAGUUACCCCGCGCGUACAUUGUACCAGACCCUGAAGUUAAGCCGACCGAGCAGGAAAUCGUCCAGUGGAUGGAGUCGAAGGUAGUCAACUAUAAGCGACUAAAAGGCGGCGUAAAGUUUAUCGAGGCCAUUCCUAAGAAUCCGUCCGGCAAGAUCCUUCGAAAGGUGCUUAGAGACCAAGCAGCGAAUGAGGUUGGCGAUAGAAAACCAAGCAUGACGAAAUUAGCCUAAGGUUGAAUCUAAACAUUAACUUGAAUAAUAUGAUCCCCUUCGCUAGAGGGGCCAAGGAUGUGCUUCAGCGUUGUGAUAUUAUACGACUCGUGUUUACGGAGGGUUUUAAUGGUACAUAACUACGGAUUUUUCUAUGUUCAGUGCUUUCAUCGUAUGCAAUGGUAUUGGAGGUACUUUUCCUGGCGCAGUGUGUAUAUUAUUCGUUUCAUCACUAUAUUAGGUAGUAUGUCAUACAUUUGUCUCUACCCCUAAAACAGUAUGUAUAUAAAAUGCAA